AUGGCAGGCUUUUUCAAUGCGGAGAUUGAAGAUGGGAGCAUUGAGGAGGUAGCAGAACAGUUGAUGAUUAUGCAUGAGAACUGUCUGCAAGGCAAUUAUGAGUCAGUUGAGAAGUUGAGGAAAUCCAGCUCAGGGGCGGAAGCUGCAUCUCAAGGCAGACUGAUGGUCAAUGAUGAUGAUGAAGAUGAGAGCUUAGCUGAUGAAUUAUCAGACAUGGUAAUGGAUGACCCAAAGCCAAGGUUAAAUCCGAGUCUGGAACCCAUGUUAGAAGAUGUACAAAGACCAAGAGAAACAGUAAAAGCUGCAGAUGGUUGGACGGUGGUUGGUCGAAGGCAAAACAAGUGUAAGGGAUUAGGAUGA